UUUUCAGUCUGUUUCGUUCGAGCGAACGUGCGUAUUCCACUCGUCUUCCGAUUUCGUUUGCCGCUCGAUAUCGCGCCAGUCGAAACAUUUUACGUGUUCAAUUUGAGCAGGUUUCGCUGUGAAAAACGAACAAUGAUUUAGAGAUUUUUUGUGCGCAAAACUCAUUCACACAUUUUCCCCCCAAUGGCAGAUGAAGUCGUCGUGGUUCCCCUAAAGAAGGUCGUUUUGGAUGUUCUCUUACUCCAGCUGGUGGGGUGGCCGAUAUUGUUCCUUUUCCUUUGGGGCAAUCCGUUCCAUCGGGGGUUCUUCUGCGAUGACGACAGCAUUCGGCAUCCCUUCCAUGAAUCCACCGUGCCCAGUUGGACCCUCUAUAUUACGGGAUUUGGGCUCAAUCUCAUCACGAUGACCUUAACAGAACUUCUCAAUAGACCGAACGACAGGAAGCACUUCUACUUCCUCGGCAGGAAGAUUCCUUUUUGGAUCUACAAUGCGUAUUGCGCGAUUGGAAUGUUCGCUUUUGGGGCCGCAUGCUCGCAACUCACCACUGACGUUAUGAAAUAUACAAUUGGAAGAUUGAGGCCGCAUUUCUACACGGUUUGCUUGCCUGACGUGAAUUGUUCCCUAGCGGAGAACCAGAACGUGUACCAUACGGAUUUUUCCUGCACCAAUCCAGCCUACAUGUACAACAAGAGGAUUAUGAAGGAAAUGCGACUGUCGUUUCCAUCUGGUCAUUCGUCGUUUUCCAUGUACACAAUGGUCUAUUUCUCA